UCUUGGAACAUGCGAUCGCUUGUACCUAGUUUUAGUCGGUUAGACUUGAAUGCCUGGCAGAAAUUGUCAUAAUGGCGUCCAUAAGCGCCGUUCAGAACAAAGUUACGAGAGAAAAUUGGUUGGAAAAGCAUCCGAAAUUCAACGAAAUACAAUCAUAUGGAUAUUAUAAUGAAAAAAUGUCGUUAGCAAGAGCAGCUAUCGCUGUGUACAUGGACUUAUGUGAAAGUAAGCACUGGUUCAAGGUUUGCAUUCACCCUUGCGAGUCUUUGAAGUUGGUGUACAUAACCGGAAAGCGGACCAAGAAAUCCCAGUUCGAUGUGGUUGUUCCACUUACGAUAGAUACAAAUUUAACAACAGAGGAAAUUACAAGUAUUAUUCAGGAAGUUAAUCUGUGCGAAGAAGAAACUGAGGAAGGGACAGAUACAUGUCGUAAUCGCGCUAGCUCCAAAGUGACAAUGGCUUUCUAUGAGGCUGAUUCCACCAUAGUCUAUUACGACUUUUCUCAAGGUCUUGUUCCACCGGAUCCACCAACGGAGGAAGAGGAAGUGAAACCUAAACGUAAAAGAACAAGAACGAAGAGAGGAAAGCAUACGUCUUCGUGAAAUCGUAAUGAGACAAGUCUCAGUUUAUUGGACAGCGACGAUCGGAAUAUGUCCUCCAUAACGCCUCGGUACUGGCGCACUUGGAAACUAUUAAUUCGCUAUUAAGCCGUCUAAGGGCUUAUUGACCCUUUCACUUCUGGAAUUGACCUAUGAGUAAUUUCUCCUCACAAUAUCAAGACAAUAUCAAGAGACAGGCAGGGCUUGACACUAACGGUGGCCCACUAAUCACAGACUACAAGUAAGGAGAAAUUCAGUUUUGGCUAGUGGUUUUCCACAAGCCAGUUUGGCUAGUAAACAGACUGAA